AGGAUGAAUGUUGGGUCAUGGUACUUGUGGAUGAUGAUCUGUUACAGCUAUCCGGUCUUCAAAAGAACUACAUAGCCCCAUUAUAUUUCAACAAAUAUGUCAUCGCUUUAAGCGGAUCGCCUUUCGUGUCUUCCCGAAAAAAAUCGCCAUGAUGAGCUCCUGUUCUCCAUCAAUCUCGCCAAACCCAUCUUAUGGCAGUUAUAUUUGGCUCUCUCAGGAACAAGGCUUACGGCAGAACAUUCGAUCAGUUUUGCCAACACCAUGGCUUUGCGCGGAUCGCGUUUCCGGCUGUGGUUGACUACGGACAACUACCUCCGCAAGUUUCUAUAUUUGUGGGGGGUAGAGGUCAAACAGCCUCAGGGGAGUUUGGACAAAGCCGUCAUUCAGCUUUUGGCGUUCUUCAUUGCUCACUUUGUGAAGUUGGAGCAGUCGUUUGAGGGUUUGGGCUGUCACAUCUGGCUGCCGAGUAUUGUAAUUGUGUACAGCCAGCCAAGGUUAUCUUACAUUUUGCACUGUAAAGCAGGUCAGAUUCUCAAUUCAAGACUUGGUCCCUGAAGAGCCUGCUGCCGAAGAGUGGCCCGCUCAAAACCGUCUGGCCAAGGUUUCGCUUGAGGACAUGGCUCUAUACCAGAAAAGCAUUUCCCCGAAAGAAAAGAGCUAAACGGACGCCGAACCCUCGCAGAAAGGGGUCUUCCAAUUCCAAACAAAGAUGGCCUAGUUUCCAUCCUGGUAGUCUGAGGUUUUUUCUUGACGAGGAGGGGAAUUGUCAAGCGUAUGCCUUGAACAAUUUUCUAUAACUGUCUUGCGGAAACGGGUAAUGAAAGAAAGAUGCAUUUGGUUUCGAAUUACUUCCUUCGUUUUGGCGACUAGCGGCAAGCGCACCUGGAAGAGCUCGCCCAAACGACUGGACGUUCCACAAUAUUCUUCAUGGUUUCGUGAUAUAGUGACAGCGCGCCUUGU